AUGUUUGGACCUAGUCAUCUCAGCAGCCCACCUUAUUCAGGAGACGCAGCCCUGCAAAUGGUCUAUCAAAAGGUUCGGGGUGCCGCCGAGAACAGCCAUGUGCUUGGCGCUGGUCCCGACGUGCACGGCCUAUGGGCUUGGAGGCUAGGCUCUCCCGUAGCCAAUGAUGACCGCCAAGACAUAUACCAGGAGCUUUAG